UUGGCAUGGUUCCCCUCCUGCGUAUCUUGCUGUGAAAAGUUCACAACAUCAGCGGGUUAAAGCGUUGACGUGGAUUUUGAUUUGCUACCUACGCCCGAAAGGACUCCACAGUUGUUCGAUCUCCACAACUGCUUUGUAUGACUUGUAGCUUAAUUUCAGUGAAGUGAAUCACCAAAACUUUGGCGAAUCGGGAAGAUCGAAGGGAAGAGCAAAGGCUGCAACAACCUCUGCUGCUGUGAACUCCCGUUGUUCCUGACAAAUUAUCCAACAAUGGCAGAUCUGGGUGUCUGGGUUGUGAGUGUACUGGCUGGGUUGUCACUCGGCUUGUUCCUGCUGCGAAGGAUCAGGAGAAGAGAAGAGGGAGAACCCCCAGUUGAAAAUGGCUGGAUUCCAUACAUUGGUUGUGCUUUAGAGUUUGGUGCAAAUCCUUUGAAGUUUCUGAAAACUCGCCAGAAGAAAUAUGGAGAUGCUUUUACAUGUAAAAUAGCUGGGACCUUCAUCACUUUUAUCACUGACCCCUUCUCAUAUAGCUCUGUAACUCGACAUGGAAAAAACCUUGAUUUUCAGACAAUUGCACUAAAAAUUUCAAGAAGGGCAUUUGGUCAUGUAGAUUUUACUGAUGCUAAAUAUGGGAUAAGCUAUGAAGAGAUACAUCAAAUCUUCAACAAGACCCUGCAAGGAUUCUCCUUGGGCCUCCUAACCUCAAAUAUGAUGGAAAAUCUCCAAUUUGUAAUGUUACAAGACAAGAAAUCAUCAGACUCAAGCAACUGGACCAUCGAAAGCCUUUAUGCAUUUUCAUUCAGGAUAAUGUUUGAAGCUGGGUAUUUAACACUCUUUGGAAAAAAUGAAAAAGCAAUGAAACAAAAUAAUGUGGAAAAGACAAAGGCACAGCAUGCUGUCAUUCAGUCUGUCAUGGAGAAUUUUAAAGUGUUUGACAAUGUAUUUCCUAAAUUAGCUGGUGGUAUUCCGUUGUUGUUUUUCAAAGCUGCCAAGCAAUCAAGAAUGGCUCUAGCACAAACAUUAUUGCACGAUAACCUAAGACAGAAUGACAAUAAAUCUCAUCUCAUAGAGGAGAGAAUUAAACUUUUGGAUUGUUCACCUGCACUUGAUGAACUCAGCAAGGGGAAGGCUCAUAUCGCAAUGUUGUGGGCUUCGCAGGCUAAUACGCUUCCAGCUACCUUCUGGAGUGUUUAUUAUUUAAUAAGGUCUCCAGAAGCAUUGAAAGCAAUGAAAAAUGAAGUUGAAUAUUUGCUUCGUGUGACCAAUCAGAAGCCUGGAGACAUUAAUAAUCCGAUUAGCUUCACCAGAGAGCAAUUAGAUAGCAUGACAGCGAUGGGUAGCCUAAUAAAUGAAGGUCUGCGCUUAUGCAGUGGAUCAAUAAUGCUGCGUGUUGUCACUGAGAACUCUGUAUUAACUCUGGAUACCGGUACAAAACUGGCUGUUCGAAAAGGAGACCAAAUUGGUUUAUACCCUCAACAACUGCAUAUGGAUCCAGAGAUUUAUGAGGAUCCCUUGGAAUUUAAGUACGACAGAUUUUUGGAUGAAAAUGGAAAAGAGAAGACCACAUUCUACAAAAAUGGUAGAAAGCUUAAACACUAUCUCAUGCCUUUUGGUUCUGGGGUCAGUAUGUGUCCAGGUCGCUUUUUUGCAAUCAAUGAGAUCAAACAGUUUUUGACUUUACUGCUCUGUUAUUAUGACAUGGAACUACUUGAUGCCUCAGCACCUACUCCACCCCUUGAUAAUUCAAGGCUUGGACUUGGAAUUCUGCAGCCAUCUCAUGAUGUUCAGUUUCGCUACCGAAUGAAAAAAUAAUGGCAUAAUGAUUUCACAGAAAGUUAACAUUUGGUAAAAUGCCAUGUAUAGAAAAUCAGUUUCUCUCCAUUGAAGCCGAAAUGAAAAAUAAUACAUAGAA